GCGUGACGCUGCUGUUGCUUCGACAACGUGUAGAUAUCGGAGAUGCAUUCAGAUAUUGUCGGCGUGAAUGUUGAGCUAACGACCUUUGGGUAUUGAUCUGUGCACAGCUUGAGUUUGCAAAAAGAGGAGGCAUUCCUUGACCGGAAGUGUUGCCUGAAACACCAAUCCCGGGGCACAAAUCACCAUCUCCUCGUCAAAGGCCAACUGUGUCCGGUGACAAAAGCAACAGCUUGCUGCUGUUUACACAAAUCAAUCGAGGAGGUUGGAUCCAUUGUUACCAGGACGACGAGUCACCUCAACCCCAGGAUUCCUCCUCAGCGGACUCCACCUCCACCAUGACUGCUGCUGUGAGAGGCUUGGCCAUUGUGCCUAUCCGAGGGGCUGGCGAUGGCAUGGAAACUGAAAAACCGCCCGCCACCAUUCUGGAGGCAAACACAGACAUGUUGCCACCAGGUCCGCUGGCAGUUCCCCUCCUGAAGGUGGCGAGUCCUAAACGUAGCCCCAAAUCCACUCGACCUGCUCCCCCUGCGGCUCCGCAGCCUCUCGGGGUGCUCCACCUGGGCAAGGUGAGUCGAGAGGCCUGCACCGAGGUGGAGGCUGUGAGGAUCAUCGUCCCCCGUUCUGCUAUUAGCCGGCGCACCCGCAAAGGACCUGUCGAGGGCAAAGGGGAGGCUGGGCACCAGGCGGACGUGCAGGGCUGUGCCCCGCUGCCUCUGGCGGAGGACUGGAGGGGACAGCUGGAGAAACUGCUGAACUCUGAACGCAGGCUGCUGCAGGACAAGGAAGGCCUGUCCAAUCAGCUCCGUGUGCAGACAGAGGUAAACCGUGAGCUCAAAAAGCUGCUGGUGGCGUCUGUGGGUGAUGACCUUCAGUACCACUUUGAGCGUCUGUCGCGGGAGAAGAACCAUCUGAUUCUGGAGAACGAGGCUCUCGGCCGCAGCCUGACACACACUGCAGAGCAGCUGGAGCGAAUGAACAUCCAGUGUGACGUUUGGAGGAGCAAGUUCCUGGCCAGCAGAGUCAUGGCAGAGGAGUUGACGAAUGCCAGAGCUGCUCUGCAGAGACAGACCAGAGAGGCACAAGGAGCCAUUCAAGACCUGCUGUUGGAGAGAGAAGAGUUCUCCAGCCACAUGGUGCUCACUCACAGAUCUCUGGAGCAGCUCCUGGUCUCUCUGCAGUGGGGCAGACAGCAGACGUACUACCCCAGUGCACAGCCCCUUAGCACAGGAGAGCUGGCAGCAGCCAAUUACAAGCUAGCAGACGCCAUCAACUCCCACCUGCUGGGCAGCAGCAGCAGCAGCAGCAGCAGCAGCAGCAGCAGCAACGUGGUGGUGAAGAGCAGCACUGCAACGGCGGAGCUGCUCUGCAGCACUCCGGCUGAGAAGAUGGCUGAGAAGGUGCUGAAGAUUUUAGACCCAAUUUCCUGUUUGGAAAUCAAGGCAGACCCUCCACUCAGCGACUCCGUCCCCUCGAGCUUCCUCGGCAGUAAGAAGAGCAUCGGCAGGUUUCACCCAUAUACCCGCUAUGAAAACAUCACUUUUAACUGCUGCGAGCGCUGCACUGGAGACAUCCUGGUGCUGUAGCGGGGUCAAAGGGCAGCAAACACCAACCAAUCCGACGCUGACGCAGCAUCAGAGGUUAUUUCAAAUGACCGAUAUUCGGACAGGAGUCUACUCUGGAGAUUAUUGCCGCUGUGUGUCAUGUGACUUGGCUGCUCCAAGUGUCCUUUGUGCCACACAUCGACUGUUGGAUUUCCACAAUUUCAGAUCAUGUUUUUAAAUUGUAUCAACCUGCUGUUUAUUUUGCUCUUUAACUUUAAAAAAGAAAGAAAAAGAAGCUAAUAAGAAAAUGUAGUUGUUUGUUCAGGGAUCGUGACGUCAUUGCAGCCUGUUUAAACUAUUGAAAGGGCUAUUUAUGGCUGGGAUGCAAGGUGCAGUAUUACAUGGUGAACAGACAGUUAGGGUGUCUGCUUACUCUUACUUGAACAUAAGAAUGAUGUGCUUUAAGUUCUUUAAGUCAAUGAGCCCCUGGCGUGAUGAGGCAGCCUGUCCUUCCAGGAAGUUAACUGAUCAUGAGCUCCUCUCGUACUGCAGGGGUCGCCCAGAUUUCUCAGUAUGAUGGUGCCGUCAUGUUUUAAAAACACAGGAGGUAUUUUGUAUAUCAUGCUCCAAAAACGUUGUCAUAUACACUCAAUAUAUUGGAAGCGGUUUGAAGGUACAAUAGACUUAUUGUACACAAAUCAUAACAAAUAUGGUUAUUUGCAAAGAGUUUAACUUGAUUUGUUUUCUUUGAAUGUCAUUUAUUUUGGGUGGUUUUCUUUUGUCAUUUUUUUUUCUAAGCCAAGCUGUAUGAUAAUUAGCUUAUUUUCUGUUUGGAAAAGUGUUCAAUAAUGUUUACGUCGUAUUUUACAGUGAAAGCACACCAUAAAAACAUUUAUACAUCUUGUUUUUCAUGUCAGAAUGAAAUAAAGACCAAAGUAGUUUCUACCUUU